AUGUACAUCAGCUCAGUGGCUCGGGGCCGCGGGGACCCGGACGGGGGGGGAGGGCCCCCCAGGCGAGGUGGCGAGGCCUCGGCGCACAACAGCGGCGGUGUGGCGGGGGGAGUCGCGCAGGCGCGGGAGGCCCUGGAGCAGCUCAAGCUGGAGGCCAACAUCCAGCGUGUGAACGUGUCCAAGGCCGCUGCGGACCUCAUGGAGUACUGCACCGCGCAUGCGCAGGAGGACCCGAUGCUCACGCCUGUGCCGUCCUCGGAGAAUCCGUUCCGCGAGAAGAAGUUCUUCUGCUCCAUCGUGUGACGUUGACCCUGCGACCCUUUGACCUUGACCCCUGGCACCGGGCAGCACGCGACCCUGACCCUAAAACUCCCAGCCUCCAAUGCUGCGAAUCUGACCCAAAUGUCUGCCGUACCUCGCUUCCCUCGUCUCGUCACCAUCUGACCGGGGAAUUAUCCGUAAAUCGACACCUCCAACACUGAGAUCCUAACCCCAGCACCAACCCGGACACUAUGACCCUGACUCCAUCAGCACUUUAACCCUCACCCUAUAUGUAUCUAUAACCGCUAACCACCAACCCCCACAACUCUAAUAUCCCCGCAUUGUAGCCACAUCCCUCUUACCGUGCAACACAGAACCCUCUCCCUGUGCCAAAACCCCAACCCCAAAUCUUAACAUUUUAUAGCCACGCCUUCACACACCCCGCACCCAUCAACUGAAUCGCUGAAAACCUUGACUCUGAAACUCUGGGUCUGGUGACCUGCAAAACGUUUCCCGGCACACCAGGUCAAUAAUACAGUUAGUCCUCUACUUACGACGGAGAUGUGUUACGACGACCCCAUCGUAAGUCGAAAAUAUCGUAAGUCGAAGAUGGCCUCGCCUA